AUGCCUAAAGCCAAGACACCCAAGAAUCUAGUUGUCGACGGAACCGCGAAGCUUGCCGCUAAGUCGAAGCCCAGUGACAAACAUGAAGCUCCUGAUCUCAACAUCGAAGAAGCUACAGUAGCAUCACCAAGACCAUCGCGUAAGCGCGCAGGCAAUUACUUCGACUUUGAUGAUGACGCAGAUGCGGAACAAUCAAGCAAGCCAGCUGAACCGAAGGCUGUCAAGCCCAACAAAAAGACAAAGACAGCACCUGCUGGUAAAGAGGAAAGAUCAAAUCAAGUUGAAGCGAAGCCAGCCGAGACUGUGAAGAGAGGCAAGAAGGGAAAAGGUGCGAAAGAUGAAGUCGCUGAACCGCCAAGCGAGACGAGCAACAAGGGAGUAGAAAAGCAAAAGAGGUCAAGGGGGCCGAAGGUUGCCAAGGAUGAUGUGGCCGAAGAGAAGCCUGAGAGCUCAAACAAGUCGAAGAAGGCGCCCAAGGAGCUAACUGCAGAUAAAAAGCCCAAGACCGACGCUACUUCAAAGACCGCCAAGGCUGAGACGAAGGUGAAAGCCAAGAAGUCAAAAGCCGAGAAGGGUGCUGCCGAACAGGAAAGCUCUACCGUCCUUCCGGAUGUUGCUAUGGAUGAAGCGCCAUUUGAGACACUGUUAGAGGCGGGAAAAGGACAGGCUCCUGGAGCUAUGGAGAAGCAACCCGCUACUCGCCCUCAAGCAACAAAGCCUCCGAAGACUGCCAAGAAACCUGCCAAGGAGUCGAGCAAGAUUGAGUCUGCUAAAGCUUCCGCUGCGGAAACAGCUGCCGACGGCGCAGAUAUUGCGAAGAAAGGGGCCAAGGCUGGAACCGAUAAGGUCAAGAAAGCUGCGAAAUUUAAGGCUCCAGCUACCGAAACAGCUGCCGACGUCGCAGAUAUUGCGAAGAAAGGGGCCAAGGCUGGAACCGAUAAGGUCAAGAAAGCUGCGAAAUUUAAGGCUCCAGCUACCGAAACAGCUGCCGACGUCGCAGAUAUUGUAAGAAAAGGGGCCAAGGCUGGGACUGAGAAAGCCAAGCAAGCUGCGAAAACCAUGGCUCUAACUGCAGAGACGCCCGCCGGGUUUGCUGAUGUUGUGAAGAAGGAUGCCAAAGCUGGCGCCGAAAAGAUGAACAAAAAAGCGGUUUCAAAAGAUUCUAAGCCCGCCAAGGAUGAUAAGUCCGUCAAGCUCACAGCAUCUACCGAAGAACAAUCGAAGCCUGAGGCGUCCAAAUCCAAGAAGCGCAAGGCCCCCGCGAGCGCAGAUACUGAGAUCGUGAAGACUAACAUUCUCGAUCCGUUGUCUGAGCAUGCUUCGGCAAAGAAGAAACAGAAGAAAGCAAACACCAAGUCCAAAUCCGUUGGAGAUGCUGUAGGAGAUGCUGUAGGAGAGCUCUUAGCAACAGCAACUGAAGGAGCCAACGCCGCAAGAGCCUCCCUUGGAGGUCUUGCUUCUUCGAUCAUGGGAGGCGCUAGCGAAGCAGCGGAGGGGGCAACGGACGCAAAGGAAUUAGCGAAAGCUUCAGCUAAGAAGGCCAAGGGUAAGGGCAAAGCCAUAGCGGAGGACGUAGCUGAAUCUUCUGGCAAGAUAGCAGAAGUUGACGGGCCUGGGGACGCCGAGUCGGAAGACGACUCGCACGAUGAGCCGGACGACCAAACCACCGCCCUCCUCGCAGGCUUCGAGAGCGACGGCGACGAAGCACCCGUUCCGGGCUCCGGCUUUCAACAAGGCCAGGAACUCCCUCGGCUGCCUAAAGCGGAGACCACCGCAAAGAAACUCGAGGACGUCAGAAAUGGUGCUAACGAGGGACCAGGCGUGGUGUACGUAGGGCGUAUUCCUCAUGGCUUCUAUGAGCAUGAGAUGCGGGAAUACUUUUCCCAAUUCGGCGACAUCAGUCGCCUCCGCUUGUCACGCAGCCAGAAGAGUGGUGCUUCCCGGCACUACGCCUUUAUUGAGUUCACUUCGGCUGGUGUUGCUAAGAUCGUCGCUGAUACGAUGGACAAUUACCUCAUGUUUGGGCAUAUCUUGAAGUGCAAGGUAGUAGCAAAAGAGCAGGUACAUGAGCAGCUGUGGAAGGGUGCCAACAAGCGUUUCAAAGCUGUGCCAUGGAACAAGAUUGAGGGGAGGAAGUUCGAGAUGGGACUCGGUAGGGAGCAAUGGGCUGGUAGAAUCGAAGAAGAGAAAAAGCGUAGGGCGUCCAAGAAUGAGAAGACUAAGGAAAUUGGGUAUGAAUUUGAGGCGGGCGAUUUGAAGGGCGUUGACGAAGUGCCCGUCAGAGAUGUAGCGAAGAAGAUCGAGAAUGGGGAGAAGGUCGAAGAGGAGAAGUCGUUGGUGACGGCUGGGGGUGAAGAUGGCAAUGGUCCUGUCGUCGUGAGCGAGGAAGUCAAGACUAAGAGAGUGAAGAAGGUUAAAGGCAGGGCAGAAGAGACCACUACCACUUUGGCAAAAAAGACGAAGAGGGCACUGGCUGCUGGCGAAGAGGUGGUAGGUUCUGCAGUCAAGAAGGCCAAACAAGGGAAGAACGUAGCUGCCUGA